AUGGCUAAAGACAAAACUUACGCGACUUCCUAUAAACAGAACAUUCAGGGUAUGAUUGACAAAGGAUACGCGGAGCUUUGCUCUGGACCACCAACUGGUAACAUCACGUGGUACCUCCCGCAUUUUGGGGUCGUACACCCACACAAAAGGAAGUUACGUGUGGUGCACGAUGCGGCAGCGAAAUGUAACGGGGUGAGCCUGAACUCUAUGCUAUUAUCAGGUCCAGACUUGCUGCAACCCCUGCUUGCUAUUGUCAUGAGAUUCAGAGAAGUGCUGAAAUGGUUACGUGGCGACGCCUGCACAUUUAAGCCAUUCGUGUCCUUUCGUGUAGCCGAGAUCUCGGAUCUUACUGAUGUACAGUCUUGGAGAUAUGUUCCUAGUGGCUUAAAUGUUGCUGACGACGCCACGCGCGAUACAGCGGAGUUCUCUCUACAUUCACAGCUUGAUUGUGUUAACGCAGGACGCCCCGUUUCUAGAUUAAGUAAACUUAAGAACGUGUCCUUGCUCGUCUGUAACGGUCUUCUACGGUUAUCCGGUCGCACAUCCGCUUCAGAUGCCAUUGAGUCCCGCCCAAUUGUCCAUGAUGGAAAGCAUCAGAUAACAAGACUGUUGAUUCAUGACUACCAUAUACGAUACGCUCACGCAAACAAUGAACUCGUCGUCAACGAAAUGCGCCAGAAGUUCUACAUCAUCGGCCUGAGAUCUGCCGUCAAACAAGUUGCUUCAAGAUGUCAGCGUUGCAGAGUAUGGAAGGCUAGACCUGUGCCGCCGCCCAUUGGCGACUUACCAGACGUGCGGAUGGCCAUCUAUGAGCGCCCAUUCUCCUACGUCGGUUUGGACUAUUUUGGCCCUCUCAAUGUCACGAUCGGCCGGAAGCAUGCGAAAAGAUGGGUCGCGCUCUUUACCUGUAUGACUGUCCGAGCAGUUCACCUGGAAAUCGUCGAUAACCUGUCAGCGGACUCUGCGAUAAUGGCCCUACGCCGCUUCAUAUCUCGUCGAGGCUGCCCGAUUUGCAUCUAUUCUGACAAUGGGACGGCUUUCGUUGGGGCCUCUAAGAUGUUAGCGGAAGUCUAUGAGUUCGCGACCACCAAGCGGAUACAGUGGAAAUUUAUCCCGCCGUCGGCUCCUUUCAUGGGUGGAUGCUGGGAGAGAUUGGUACGGAACGUCAAGUCUGCGCUAUCCGCAACCUUGAAAGAACAGUCACCCAGAGAAGAGACACUCCACACCCUACUCCUUGAAGCAGAGGCUAUAGUUAACUCUAGGCCGCUGACUCACGUGUCAACGGAACCCGAUGCAGAGGAGGCGCUUACGCCGUUUACGUUCCUUAUCGGCACCCCUUCGUACGAUCUGCAAACACGGCCGUUCGACGACACCGAUCUGUCCAGCCGGGCACAGUGGCGGAAGGCACAGCGUCUGGCCGACCAUUUUUGGCAGCGCUUCACCAAAGAAUACCUGCCCAGCCUAGUCCCUCGCCGCUCUUCACCGACGGCUUCCGCGAGCUUCAUCAUUGGCGAUCUGGUGGUCAUAGUGGACGGAACUCUACCCAGGCGUUGCUGGCCACGUGGCCGCAUCGUUGCUACUUACCCCGGCAAGGAUCGGAUAGUUAGGGUAGUGGAUGUUCAAACUAAAGGGGGUGUCCUGCGUAGGCCCGUAAAAAAAUUGGCCAAGCUGGUCGUUUCACCCUAA